AUGAGCAAAGUUGAAAACCAAUCAUCGAAUAGUGCAUCCUCCAGGUCGUUGUCUUCAUCAUCAGACAAUAGAAAAACCGACAAUUAUAAUUCUUCGUAUCGGAAUGAUAGAGGAUCAUCAUCGAGAAGGUACUCACCAAACAGACGAUCGGAUUCAAGAUAUGAUAGAAAUGAUAGUAGAAGGGAUAAUAAUUAUGGUGGAUCAAGGGAAAGACGUUUGUAUGACGAUAAUAGGGAUAAUAGAGAUAGUAGGGAUAGUAGAGACGAUAGGGACAAUUAUAAAUCGGAAAGAAGAGAAUACAAUGAUAGAAGGAUCAACUCAUCAAACGAUAAUAAGAAGGAUAUGAAUGAAACAUUGAAAAGAAAACUUGAGGAACGUCAAACUGAACAAAAAAGACAAAAGAAAUCACCAGAGGAUGAAGAUUAUUUAGAUCUUGGGGAUGAUAAAAAGGAGGAAAAACAACAAGCUGAUGGAGUUUAUUCACUUGAGGAUGUUGCCAAAGAAAUUUGGACAGAUGAAAAGGAUUUUAUUCUCAAACCUACAUCAGUUGAUCAAUUAAUUGAAAUUAACAAGAUUCAUAUUUUGAGAAGGGAAGAACGUGAGAAUAAAUUUAAAGAAUUCGAAAGAAAAAAGAAGGAAAAGAAAGAAAAAAAGAACAAAAAGGAAAAGAAGGAAAAGAGCAAGAAGAAGGAUAAAUCUUCGAGCAAGCAAGAUGAUGAAAUUGCAGGACCUAAAUUAUUAUCUGAUUUGAUGAAUGACCAAAGUACUAAAUACGAAGUUCCUCUCUUACCAGGUGAAGGUGCAGCUAUUGCUGAAUUCAUUCAACAAAAUAAGCGUAUUCCUAGAAGAGGUGAAGUUGGUUUGACAAGUGAUCAAAUUACAAAUUAUGAAGAUUUGGGCUAUGUCAUGUCUGGUAGCAGACACGCCAGAAUGAAUGCUAUUCGUAUCAUGAAGGAAAACGAAGUAUAUAUGCAAGAAGAAAAGAAGAGAUUGGAUCUUUUACAAAAGCAAGAAAGAAGUCAAAGAGAAAACAAGAUUAUUUCACAAUUCAGAGAUAUUGCCAAAAAGGAACAAUAA